AUGUCAUCCAAGAAAAGCAGCCUGCUGUAUCCUUGGAGAGUGGAAAAGAGGAAGUUACAAAUAUAUGUUAUGGAGAAAACCACCAUUCCUAUUCCUCGCAUCCACAGCUACUCGAUUACCGGUGACAAUAUCCUUGGCCUUCCAUUUCUCAUUAUCGAAUAUAUAGACGGGAACACAUUAUAUUCAAUAAAACUCAGUGCUUUGGAGCGGAAGAAACGGCGACACCUCUAUGCUCAAAUAAGUGACAUCUACAUCCAGUUAUACCGACAAAAAUUCGAUAGAAUCGGCGCUCUCACUCUGACUGAAAAUGGAAAUUGGACAUUUGCCAACAACUGUCCCUUAACAAUUGAUGUCAAUGAACAAGAGAUCAGUGGGCUUGAUACUAGCCAAUUUCUGGUUCCUGGUCAGACGGUCUCAUAA